AUGGACGGUGACAAAAUUAUCAACAUCAUCUUAGCUAUAUUCUUACCACCUUUAUCGGUCUUUUUGAGUUGCGGUUGGGGUAGGGAGUGUAUUAUCGAUAUCGUCUUAACGAUUCUGGUAUUCUUCCCAGGUAUGUUAUAUGCCUUAUAUUUGGCCUUCCAAGAUUAG